AUGAAGCUCCCUUCCUACCUAGCGGCCGUGGCCGUCAUCACCGGCGCCAUGGCUUCUCCGCACCCCGCACUUCAGCAACAGCCCCUGGGUGGACCAUCUUCGCCCUCGUUGCCCAGCUACAGCCAGGCUCAAUUGAAUAAUAUCAUCAAUGAUUCCCCUCUACUAUCAUUGCACCGGCGUCUGGUUGAAAUCGAGUCCAUUUCCGGCAAUGAAAACAAAAUCGGCUUGGACAUCAAGCUAUUCCUAGAAUCUCACAACUUCACCGUGGUCGAGCAAGAAGUGCCCCCAGUGAAAGGCCAAGAGAAAAAUAGAGAACGCUUAAACAUCUACGCUGUUCCAAAGUCCUUGACUUUACCCCCCACCAUCCUCCUCACAAGUCACAUCGACACCGUCCCACCCUUCAUCCCAUACUCCGUUCACCAAGAUGACUCAACUCGCGAUCCAGAAGACCUGGUCAUAUCAGGCCGCGGCAGCGUCGACGCAAAAGGCAGCGUCGCCGCCCAAGUCUUUGCCGCCCUAGAAACCCUCGCCGAAAACCCAACCGCAAGCAUAGGUCUGCUCUUCGUCGUCGGCGAGGAAAUCGCGGCCCUCGUCGCCGGCCACAAAGGCAUGCUCGGCUUCCAGGUUCUCGCUCACGGCAGUGCCGCCCACUCAGGCUACCCAUGGCUAGGCAAGAGUGCUGUCUCGGCGAUUCUGCCCGCGCUCGCGCGAGUCGAUAUCCUAGGUGAUAUUCCCGCGGAAGAGGGCGGUCUUCCUGCUUCGCCGAAAUAUGGCCCUACGACGCUGAAUAUUGGUAAGAUUCGUGCGGGUGUUGCGACAAAUGUUGUGCCUUCGGAGGCUAUGGCUGAUGUGGCUGUUCGGCUUGCCGAGGGAACCCCUUCGGAGGCGCGUGAGAUUAUCAGGCAUGCUGUUGAGGAUGCUACACGGGAUGUUGAGGCUGAGGUUGUUGUAGAUUUCACGUCUCAUCAGGAAUCCUACCCGCCUCAGGAUUUAGAUUAUGAUGUUGAUGGCUUUGAUGUUACCACUGUUAAUUAUGGUACUGAUGUGCCUAACCUGAAGGUAAGGCCUGGUACUAAGCGUUACCUUUAUGGGCCUGGUAGUAUCUUUGUUGCGCAUGGUGACAAUGAGGCUUUGACCGUACGCCAGAUCAAGGAGGCUGUUGUUGGAUAUAAGAAGUUGAUUCAGGCAGCUAUGGAAAGAGAGGAGGGAUCUGCCGUUUAA